AGAAACGAUAGGUUCGAGGUUGGGCUAACUGUGCCACAAGUGGCGUAGCAGUAGUUUGUACGCUCGAUGCGCUAAAAAGUGCUACACAAUCAUUUUUUGAACAAUUUGUGCUAAACUUCGAAAAUUUCAAGCUUAGUAAGCUUAUGCUGUAUUCUUAAAAGAGGUAUAUGGGAAACACUUUGAAUUAGACAGUUUACAGUGAUCUAUUUUUCCGUAAGAUCGGCGACGUCGAGCUAUAUACGCGCUGCCAUCUUGCAUGGGCGUCAAAACUAAUCAAGAUGACCGCCAUUGGCGCUAUACUAUCUCGACGAUCUCACGAAAAAAUAGGGGACUGUGAACAGUCUAAAUUUAAAUGUUCACUGGUAAAACUUUUUGACAUGUCUUAUUUUGUCCCUCUUUUCACUCCAGUUUUCCACUGUGUUCGACUUAUAAAACAUCCAAGAAAUUACUUCCCCCGGUUUUUAUCUCAUCCACGAUGCCUGGUUAUGCAUUAUCCAGCUCAGAUCAGCAGUGUAUUGGAGAAAAGUACAAAUGUAACUCUUGCCAUUUAGUACUACGAGAUGCGAUGCAAACUGGAUGUGGGCACUUUUAUUGCAGUUCAUGUCUUCGAAGUUUAUCUCUGUGAGUAUAAGAAAGUGUCCACUUCUCUCCACCUGACUGGUGAUGAAGUAAAGCUCCGGCACCAAAGAAAGUACAUUUGUGUUCAUUUAAAAGUAAUAAAACCUACCUAAAACUGCAUUCCGCUGUUGCACAUGGAGCUCAGUGUUUUGUUUUUUGAUAUAAAACCUGUUACUUGGUAUACCUGAGUUAGACCACAAUACAAAGGCAGAAAAGGGUUAUGUAGCACAAUUUGGGAUUUAAGAUGUUUAAAGUUGUUCCUUAUAGACACCUACAGUAGUUAACAGUAGAGAUGUGUUCCCAUCACCUCUGUGACGUAGCCAGAAGCUCUCAGAAACCCUAUUAUCAUUGGCCUUCAAAACCAAACCUAUUGUUUUUAGGGCUCUAAGGAGGCAUUGUUUGGCUCAUUCAUCUAUUGUUUCUUUACCCAAUUAGAACAGCUCAUUCUGAGAGCUUCAUGGCAUCUUUGUGAGGAUUGGUAAUUUUUGUACUGACGUCAGCAUUGAUAUAUAGAAUUGCAGCAGACGUGUUUAUAAUCAGUCAGAUACUUAACGUAAUUGUGGUCAUGCUAGUUUCUGUAAAUACACAUCAGACAGAUAUGUCGACAUCUGCAGAAAAAAUAAAGCAUUGAAAUUAUUGUGUGCAUCUGUUGGAUGCACUGUACAGAUGUCUUGGUAAUCUCAGUUGUUUAAACCAUCUAAUAGCAUGAUUUCUAGUAUUAGUGAUUUAAAGACAGACAUGCUAAACAUCGCACUUUACAGUGAGACCGUUAAUUGCAUGUCUAGACGUCUUUACAAAAAAUACUUUACUUUUUAUAUGGCCUUUUUGAUUACUUCAUGUACAUGUAUGUUUCAGAAAAAUACAUUACUUAUUAAUAUCAUUGCCAUUAAGUUUCUAAAUAGCCAGGCUGGAUAUGUGUGGCUGUAAAUACAGCUCCCACCUUGUGUAGAUCGAUGCGUGAUCUGUGAUGUAGCAGAUGUGGCAAACAUGUCAGUUCGGGGCUUAGAGGACAGGGCCAUACAAUGUACUGUGUAUCAAUGUUAUACUGUUUGUGUAGGAGAUUCAUCACUUAAUGCUAGCAAAGUUUUAAUGGGCAGUUGAAAAUAAGAAUAUAUCCAUUUUUAAGUGGUUUGACUUAAGAGAUGUUACUGUGUAUAGGAUAUAAUACUUGAAAUACUAAAAACACAAUGUACUUGUAACAUCAAAACAAUAUCAAUCAAAUUCAGCAUAUUUUAGGAAGGGCAAGUUAAGGUUUAUGUAGUAGAAUUAAUUUCCUGCUACCUGCAGGCAGUUGAGAUAACGGUGAGGGUCUUGCUUUAAUUUCAGCUAAAUCAAAUGUUGAUUUGUUUUCCACACACCUCUUAGUAAUUUUUAUUUAUUAAAAGAAAGAGAGGAAAUCACUACCAUGGCAUGGUUUCGAUACCCUAAAAUUUUGCAAACUUUAGCUUUGAAUUUCUUCAAGAUUUACCAGUAUGUUUCAUUUGAGAAGCUUUAUGGUAAACUACUCCACUCAGUGUGUCAUCCAAUAUCCAGACAUCUCGAGGGUAGUCUUGAAAAGCUGAUAGGCUGCUGCCUCUUUUUACAACCCACUUCUUGGUGUCAUGUUUGGUUAUUUUCCCUUAUUAUUGUCCACUAUUGAAUUUGUCGUGGCUGUUGAAUAUACAAUCACUGAAGACUAUACACUGGUUUAGCCUCAACCUAAGGUAAUUAUAUUCAUAAAUUCCAAUCAGAAGAAAAUAAGACCUGUUUUCAACUGUGUCUAUUGUUUUAAACUCAAAUUCAGUCACCUUUUCGCCAGUAUUUGUGAAUAUUUUACCUCAAGUCUAGGCUUACCCUGUACAAAUGAGUCUUCAGCGCUUUUAUUCAGCAAACGAAUUCGAAAAUUUAGAGUUGAUCUAAGAAUUUGCCUUACCAAGGCAAUAAAAUUUCUAUUAGAAGAUGCAAGAUGAUCAUUUAACAAGGUCUGCAAGCAGUUCGGGUGAAAAUUUCAGUCCAUUAUUAGUACUACUUGAACUUUUACUGCCUAUGACGAGAGGAUGAAAAGGCACUGUAGCUAGUAGAAAUUUUAAUUAGGAAGACAAUUUAAACUAUUUGCCUGACACCGAGAUAUUUUUCAAUGUUAUCCGAGUUAUUUUUGCAUUACAAAACCUUAGCUUUACUUAUUCCAAUGAAAGUAACACAAGGAAAAAAAAAAUGUCAGAUGCUGUCUAAGUUAAGUAUUCCCUUAACAAAAUGAAAUAUACUUAUAAUAUACUCCGAACAUACAUGAAGUAUACUGCACUGGGUAUACUUUAGGUAUACUUGAUGUAUACAUUUUGUAUACACUUGAUGUAUACUUUUUGUACUAGUAAUUUGGAACACCCCGAUGUAUACAAAAAGUAUACCUCUCCAAGAGGAUGUAUACUAAUGGUUUACAUGCUUCAUACACAGAAAAGACCACAAAAAGUAUACUUUUUGUAUAACACUUGCAAAAAGUAUACAAUUUGUACACUUCUAAAUUAAGUUGCUGAAACCCAUAAAUUUCAGUAAGGACAAAGGCAUGCAUGACCACCCUGGCUCUACAUAAAUUCACUAAAAAAUGUUCAAUAUUUGCUUGUAACAAUAAAUUUUAUUUGGAGCUUUUUUAACAGUAACAGACGUACAGUAUGUCAAUAAUUUUUAAAACACAAUAUUAUUUUCACUGUAGAAAUAGCUUAUAUAUUGUACUUAACAUUUAAUAAAUAUUUUUUCAUAAUUAUUUCAAACCCAAAGACUGCUUGCUGAAAAAGGACAAUAACCGAAUGCCCUAACAAACUUGCAAUGAAAUUAGUAAUCUGAAUCAGGCCAACUACUUAUCUGUCACAACAUUAACUUUUUCUGCGUACAUAAUUAUAUUACAGAAGAAAAAAAAUUAAGCUUUUCACUCAUCCUUCUUUAACUUUCUUGAUUCCAAAGCACUCAGCUUGUUUCUUAAAGCCAGCUUCAGAGAGGACGCAGUUGGCGAAUGCUUUUGGUAUUCUCUCAUGACAAAUCCUGUAAAGAGGGUCAAAAAUCAUUACAACAUGAGUAGUGAAUUUAUGGAUGGGAAAAUUAAAAAAAAGCAGUUUCUGAGAGACUAUUAAUUUACAUAGUCAUCAUGUUAUUGCACACAUACCUAUAAUGCUUUGAAGUAUCUCCUUGUCUGGGCAUUUCUUUCCAUUUGCUCCAGUCAGGUUCAUCCCCACCAGCUCGUCGUUUGUGUAAAAACAGUUUAACAAAAACGAUGCCGCUGACUUAUCUGACGCUCUGGCCAUUGCUUGGUGAAUAUGGUUCUGGUACACAAAAACUUGAGAAACAGGAGUCAACUCUACCAUCUGUUGGAAUUAAGAAAAAAACAGCCAUGUUAUUUUUAUGAUAGCAAUUUUAUAUAGACAUACACACCUGAACAGCCUGUAUAAUAAUUCCACAUGUUCUGCCGCAUGUCACAUUUCAAAUGCUCAAAAGACAUUGACAACUUUGACACAUAACAAGGGCGUGUAAAGAAAGUCAGCUUACAGUUUACCCUUUGGGCAAGUUGUGGCUUGCAGGGACUAGCCCAAGGAAAUGCCCCACAAAAGUAAAAAAAAAAAAGGGCAAGGAAAGCAAGAGGUGAGGACGAGGGAAAAAAAAAAAACAGUCGUGGAGGCAGUGAACUUUUUACCUGAUGCCUGAACUUCAAUGCUAAAAUUUAGCAUCAGAAACUAUCAGCAUUGUACUUGAAUUGUUAGUAUGUCUUUCGGGUAGUUCACAUCUACAUUGUAGAUCCUUUUCAGCCUGGUAAGAACCAGAAAAGGUCUUAAAUGGCUCGAAAGAGUGGUUUUCUGCUGCAUAUUAUCUGGGAGCAAAUGGGUUAAACUGUAAGCCUGACUAGGUCUAGUAGGGUCGAACCUCUUGCAAACAUCAAAUUAGCCAUUGACGACUACAUGAUUUGCACAAAAACUUUACACUGAUUUGUCUACAAUAGCAUGCACAUUCUGUGAUUAAAAUGGUGAAUGAAGUGCUUACCUUAAAAGCGUUCUGCUAGAAUGGGACUGAUCUUUCCAGGUCUUGGAGGAUCAGAAACUUAAAAAUAAUGAUAGGAAUGACUAUAGUUAUUAACAAGAUCGAAAGUUCACCUUGCAUGUAAUUAUAUAGUUUUGUUAGGUUAUAAUAGUUACGAAUAAAUACUGCAUAUUUAACCGAGUUCAUUUAUUUUUCUGGUACUCAAUGAUCAAUUAUCUCCUUCAUAAAAAUUAAGAACCUACUUAGCCUAAAUUGGCAAUACGUACCCCAAAAUACAUGAACCUAUUUUGCCAGACUUCAAAAAAGUAGGUUCUUAUAUGCAGGUGUUUACUGUAAUUAGUGGACAAAGACCAGACAGUGGAUCGAUCGAUCCACCACCAAAAAAGGGUGCCCCCAAGCAGACUAACUGGAUUAUGUGCAUCCCUUUUUCUAAUACCCCUUAUUUCUUUUAUUCACAACAAGACUGCUUGUUUUCUUUUAACUCUCAUUCUUUAAUUUUCAGGGAUUAUCACAUAAACUUCCUCAUACAUACCUUGACCUUGCAAGCUCUUUAAUUGAUCUUCAAGUUCCCUCACUCUCUUUUUUGCGUGUUACGCAUGAUGGACAAUACUCUUCUUCAUCUGAACUUGAGAGCGGCUGUGGUAGAACUCGUCUGGGGCAUUUACCACCCACAGUUGGUCUGGCUACUAAGUCUUGUCUUCUGUUUGGAAAAUUUCUGGGUGUGUUUGUCAGUGGGGUUCUUUGUGCUCCUGAAAUGGUGGCUUCUUUCUGUUGAUUUGGUAUUGACAGUGGCACUUCUGUUAAUCUGCCACGCAGAGUUGUCAGAGGAGAUCUUGACACUGGUGUGGUGGAAUUUGGCAUCUGCUGAACUGGUGUUGUGGAUACUGGUUCUUCCCCACAUCCUGCAGUGUGGUCAGAGAGGUUCUCUGCAGUGAUGGAAUUGCUGUCUGACAAAUAGAUGGUGUGGUUGGUGGGUCCUCUGAAUUGCCCUGCAGCAUGUCCAGUGUCUUUUGAAGCUGUGAGAUUGACAACACUCUUUCUGGUGUGGCACUCCGUAACUCAUUUACUGUGUUCUGAAAGGCGAUGAACAGGAUUUGAUGGUGGUGUUGAUGAAGUUGUGAGAUCCACACACUCUGAGACAACAUCGGAAUCAAAGGGAUCUUCUGCACUUUGAUUACUCACCAAAGCAGUCAUCCUUUCUAGCAACAUGUUAUUUCGCUCAGUAAGGGCCUGCCGUUCCUUUUCUCUUUGCUUAUUUGCCUGCUCCUUUUCAAUUCGCUUUCGCUCCUUUUCUGCUGCAUCAUCAUGAUCUUUUCGGGCAUUUUUCUUCCUAUUUUGACUUUCACUGUCAUUUUCUUUGCUUCCUCCAGCUUUCUUUCUGCCCUCAGAGGUCUUGGGUUUUUUUUUGGAAGGUUCAUCAUCUUUAAGAAAUAACAGGAUAAAAUAAUAAUGUAUAAGAAAAAGGUCUGAAUAAUUGAGUCUCCCAAAAACAAUGAAUUUGUAGUAGCUGUAACAAAAUACAGCCAAGCCUGUUUAUGACAGUCACCCUUGGGAAAUGGCCAGGUAACCAUUAUACAGGUCCACUACACAGACAAAUAUACGGCUAAAUUAAUAUUUGGGAACCUGUCCGGUGACCGUAAUACACAGGGUGACCGCUAUAUACAGGGCGGUUAUACAGGUUAAAUGUUUUUAGAACUUUGAUAAUUAUUAUUUUAUUAUCUACCUCUGUAAAUUGAAAUUUAAGGGAACAAGGAGCAACCACCUUCAAUAAUGUCCUCAGUGACUAGUUUUUUAUAACACUUACAUGUAGUUCCUUUUUUCGCGGUGACUUUAAACCAUUAUAUGCUGUUAGUGUCAAAUAACAGCUUACUGUACCUUGACUGGUUUCAUAUCCAUCAAGUCGUUUAUUCUUUGUUCUCUUUCUCUGCUUCUUACUGGGGAUGAAUUCUGUUCACAGUUUGAACUGUUUUCUUCUGUUCCAGAAUUUCCAAGCUCCUUGUCUAAAACACUUCUAGCAUCACUCAUACUGUCUGAAAAAGGCCAGUUAAUAAAAAAGGGUUAGGACUCUUUUUUGUGUGUGAGAAAGAACGAUUUCUUUACCCCUCUUAGCAGUCAUUCAUGCAGAGGCAAAAUAACAGUCAUCACUUUACAACUGUAAAUGUAUAUUUAUUAUCAUUAUCAGUAAGUUUUUUUUUCUUAUGUGGUCCAGAGUUCUGACAGAUGCACAAGUACAUGCUCAUGACAGCUUAAAUCACUUGAACUAUUAGUCUUACCAUGGAGAGAGAGAAUUUUUCCCCUCCAAAUUUCUCCAUCAUAUUGCAUUUCAGCAAUGGCCCCAGCUCUUACACUUUCCUUGACAGCUAACUUCUUCACAAUAAUCGCUUCCAAUUCACUUCUUCCAUUUGGUCGAUUCCAUUCAACUACUGCAAAAGCCAUUUGGUUUCACCUACAAGGGGUAGUUAAAAAAGUUAUGAAAGUAUUCUAGCACAAUGUAAACAAAUUUGCUCUUUCGAUGUCAGAGAAAAGCACACACAUUUAAUAGUUUUGGUAAUCUGAGACACCAGUCGUGGGUCCCAUUUUUUUGUUUGGAAUCAUGAAUAACAAAAACCUGAGCCUGAAGCUCACAGGAAUAUGUGCACAUGUAUGGGAAACUACCUUCCCGGUUAGUUACUUUUGAUCCAAGAAAUACAAGAAAUGGCGGCCCGGUCUCCGUUCACAGUCCCUGUUACCCAUGCCGGCAGUCAAGGUAAUACAGCGUUGAUGCUUGUUAAUUUCAAACAUGUUUUAAAGGGGGCACAAAAAUUUUAGAACACUCACCAAAGUCAUUAUUUCAAGGAACUGUACUACUUCGACGCAAUCGUCAGGGAUAUAUAAGGGUAUAUAUUUUGGUUAACGUUCGCAAUAUCAAUUUUGCCCUCGCCGAGAACGAUUAACAAGUAGUAAAAAAGUUGUGAGUUAGUUAUACUAAAGAAAGUUAGUUAUUAAUCGGUGACAGAAACACAUGAGCGGUUGUUCAAUCAGGCGUUACUUAUAGUUUCUGUUGGUGACCAGUGGUGAAUAUAUCAAAGCCUUUUCAUAAAAAGACUGAAAUCAAUGACAAAAUUGAAAUGCGAGUCAUGAACGUGGAAGAACAUAUUUGCAGAAAUUAUAAAUCACUGAGGUUAAAAGAAAACGACAGGAACCAUGGAUGUCAAGAUUCAAAUGAUCACGCUUCUACUCCCGAUGCUGUGAAAGUCAUAUCGGGUCGUGAUCGACUUGUGACAAGCCGGUCGACUGCGAGAAAGCCAGUAAAAAGUCUAAAACGUUUCAGUUCGUCCUCUGUUAGUAUUUUUCCCUUUAAAUAUCCUUAACUACAGGACGCUCUUUUAGAAUUAAAAAUGACUACUGAAAAUUAAUAGUUUCUCAAGUCUUUUACACUGGAAGCUUAUAAGCUUAAGUAUUUAUUGGGGUUUACCUCGGUGUAAAAACCUGUGAAACUCACGAGUGACGUAAAACAAUGAAUACAAAGGAGCCACUGAGAAGUCAACACAAUAGAGCCAAGGAAAACAAUAGCUAGAAAACGAAGAAAAACUUUACAGGUUUUUACACCGAGGAUGAGCAUUUAUUGUCGCGUUCUUAUUUGAGCUGAGCCCGAUCGAGUUGUAUCAGUUCCAGUUCGCAGACACAAAGAUAAAAUGAAUUUUACGCUGCGAAUGUAUCAAAGAAGUUCUAAGAGAACAAUUCCCUGGCUUGAACGCUGCAUUCGACCUGAAUGAAGAAGGUAAACUUUUACCAUUUUUUCUCACCGAUUUAAGUAGAACCGUUGAGCUUACCUAUCACCAUAAUUGCUAUUAAAAACGAACUAAAACGUGACCUGAUUAGGGUUUUUCAGGUUUUUUUAUACAGUUUAAUGUACUCACCAUUUUCCUGGAUACUGGAUUGCCCGAAAAGGGGAAGCGACAAUAAACGUUCAGUCGAAAAAAAGAGUCUGAUGAACCAAGCAAUUCACGUUUCACAGCUACUGAAGUUUCGCGCCAAGAUCUAACACAUACACCGACAAACGUGCCGCAAAAAUCCCGCCAAAAGGAAAACAAACAGACGCCGACGUAUUGAGCAUGCGUAAUAUCUGCCUGGGUCGAUCGGCUUUUAUACGAACACAACAUGGCGACUGGAAAUGCAAAAGAAACACGUAACUCUAGAAGUUGUGAAAAAGAAGAGGUACUUACCUGUCUUAUCUGUCACAUCCGUCGUUGAAAGUUCCCAGAACGUCAGAGUAUCGCCAGAAACUAGCUAAAACUUAUGAUAGAGAAACGAAUGCGGUAUCUUGUAGCGACACUGUUGAACAUUUUGAGUCAGAGUUCCUGGACUACUCAUAUGCAUCUCAGGGGAUCGAAGAAUACUCUCUGGAAGACCGUAAUAAUGUUGAUUUGUUGAAAGAAGAUGGUCGGCCAGCUGAGGUAGAAAAUGACAGAGAAGGCCGCCCAACUAGAGACUCCAUCGCUGAUGAAAUGUUAAAGGGGCUCCUGAACAACACGGCAGUUGAGCAAGACAGCUGUGAUGAAAUUUCGCAAGUUUUUCCUGAAGAUCCAGCGCUUGAUACAACGUACGGAUCUAGCGAGUUUCAUGAGGAUUUGAACGAGCAAGAUAAUGACGUGGAUGAACUUUCGGAAGCGGAAGAUAGGAAUGAAAGCAGCACUCAAGAUGACUACGUGAAAAUUACUGAGCUAUCCUUAUCACAAGACACCCCUUUAUACGAGGGGUCCCCCGUUACUUUUUCAGUUAGCUUGCUGCUGAUUAUUAGCUUCGCCAUAAGGCAUAAUUUGAGCGGACUGGCUUUGGCUGACCUUUUGACGUUAAUUAACAUUCAUCUUGUUGUACCCAACUGCUUUGCUAAAUCGACAGCUGUUCUCAACCGAUUCUUUCGAAAGCUUAAGAAGCCUAUCGAGUACCACUAUUAUUGUUGUUGCUGUUUUGAGUACAUUGGGCUUACAAAGACCUCCUGCUGUUCUAACAAGUAUUGUCUGGUAGAUUUUUCCAAAAAAGGUGCACUGGCCUACUUCAUUGUCCUACCCUUAGUCACACAGCUUCAGUCAUUGCUGUCAAGUAAGUAGAUUAUCUGCUAAGGUAUAGAUCAUUCCUUUGGUAUCAGGUCACUUCCUUCCAAGUCAGUUCGUUCUAAGUAGAUGUCCCACCUGUUACUAAAUGAUACUAAAUAACAAAGAAUUUCUCAUUAUCUUUAUCCACUACCAUGUUAAGUAUCCCCUGUCACUAAAUAAUGCCCCACAUCAAAGGAUUUCUCGUUCUUUUGGGUUUACCUCGGUGUAAGAAUCGUGCACUUUUUCUUUUCUUUGUACUUCAUGUUUUCCCAGGCUCUUUUGAUGGAAUGAAGUGACUGUAAGGGCCUCCACUGACUAGAAAUUUAGUUGUCGACAACGUUUUGUUUUCGACAACUAAAUGUUAUCAACAACAAAAAAACGCAGUGUGUAAGACGGGUUGUUGACAACUAAAUGCUAAAUUUUGCUGUUGUUGACAAUUUAAACAUUGUCAUUGUCAAAAAAAAAAAAAAAAAAAAACGUUUUUUGACAACUAAAUAUCUAGUCUGUAGAGGCCUUAAAGCAUUCACUCAAUACAUGUAUUUUAACCAUUCAUCAAACUGAAACAAUGUUACAUAUGUAACUGGUUGUUAUCACUUGUUAAUGCAUUGACAGUUAACAUUAGCAGUUCGUGAUCAAUAAUAGGAAAAAUUCCAAGAUUUAAAUGAAAAAGAUUUUUUGCAGUCUUGUUACAUGUACAUGUAUUCAGGAAAUAUUAUCAUUUGCCUCAGUCAAACAGAACCUCUGUGUGAAAUUUAUUUUCUCACUCUUAUGUAUUGUUUUCAAAUAUUUGUUUUGUUUCUUAGGGCCAGAAGUACCUGAUUUUCUGCAGUAUCGUGUCACAAGACAAAAACAAAACUCAGAUGCCAUUGAAGAUAUCUUUGAUGGACAACUGUAUAAGAAGCACUUUGGGGGAGGACGGAUUUUUUAGGGGUUCAUCCACACAGGACAAAAAGACACAGAUCCAUUUGUCCCUGCAAAUAAACACGGAUGGAGUUGCAAUUUUUAGGUCUUCAAAAUUUUCCAUAUGGCGGUUUAUUUUAUUGUCAACAAUUGCCUCCAAAUUGCAGGUAUGUAAUAAAAGCUUGAAUUUUUACCCUUGAUUAAACAUGUGCUGUAAGCGUUUUAAACAGCUUCAAACCUCCUCCCCCCAGCCGAGUAUUUCAUUUCUAUAGUAUUGCUAAAUAAUAUAUAAUUUCUUUUUUUUUUUUGAAGUAUUGAUUAAAGAAUGUCAAACCAAAGUAACCAAAAUAACAAUGGUUGUAAAGUAUAGUCAUGUAAAUAAAUUAAUUGUGGAACUGAAGUACACAGUUUAAGCAUCUACUUGCCUUCAUGAUGCCACUACCAAAGAGAAAAUUCCACAGUUAAUAACCAAUAAGAGAAAAGAAAUUGUGAGAGAAGAGUAUCACUUAAUCUAACUGCAACACAUCAUAAUGAGCACUGAUAAUUUGCAGAAUUGCUAACUAGUAAGAAUUGUUUGUAACUCAUUCUUUGCUUGGUAACUGACCUAUCUUGAAAUGGACUUUUUGCUUUUUUUUUUCUCAUUAAAAAACAUAUUCAUUUUUUUUUUUGUUAAAAACUUCAUUCUUUCCCUUUAUUUUCUGUCCCUACAGGCAGCAGAGAAAGUACCGCAUGUUUGCUGGGCUUUGGUUCGGUGUCUCCAAGCCACAUUUCCAAACAUUUAUGCAGCCAUUCGUAAAACUCACUAAAUGAUUUAUUCUUCAAAGGUAAGGUUUAUGUUUUUAAAAUCAGUCCCCAUUUUUGUAUUACCUUAAAGCAUGCAUUUAUCUGCUACAUUCUAAUGUACAUAUAUGCACACUGUAGUCACAGCUACUCUCUAGUAUACUAUUAGUUCAGAAUGUUCAUAAUAAAUACAUUGUACAACUGUUGCUGUUUGACAUAAUUAUUACUCCCCGAACUAUAUAUAAUUUACAAAGGGGGGAAAAGGAAAUUGAGUCACUAUAGAGUGACUCACCGGACAACUUCCCUAAAACUUUGCUUUAUAUUUUCUGUAAAGGUGACCUGUAUAUAGUGGUCACCUGUUAGUGUCUUGAACGGAUGCAGUCACCCUUUAGACUUAGAUGCUAUUCAUUAACUUCCAGUAGAGUUUAAAGAGAACCUGUAUAUAACGCCACUUGGCCAUUUCCCAAGGGUGACCGUUAUACACAGGUUUAACUUACAACUCUGACUAAAGGAGAUUUGGCAUAAUACAUGUAGAUACAAAUGUGUGCUUUAAAUUAUUGAAAAUUAUUUUCAAUCAUUAUUUAGCAGCUACAUGUAUGUAUGAAUUUCAAAAUGCUUUGAUGUGUUAUCUGUUAUCAAUUAACUUUGAAGUCUAUAGAAAUUCUGCUGCCCUCAUUUCUACCCUAUGGGUCAACAUCUGAAUAGUCAGGAUUUUUUUUGAUCCUUUUUAUAGGGAUUGAUGUAAAGCUGAAUGGCAAGAACAUGUUGCUUCGCUGUAUUUUACUCUUAGGGACAUUUGAUGCCCCAGCAAAGUGCCUUUUCCAAGAGUUUUGUCAAUUCAAUGCCUUUUAUGGUUGCCCAUACUGCCUGAGCCCUGGCAAAACUGUGCAGACAAGUAGCAAAGGGCACACUCAUGCUUACCCAUUUGAUGAAGCAAAUCUCAGAACUGGUCAUGGGGAACCAAGAACACAUGAACAGACAUUAAAGUUUGCAGCUGAAGCUACCAAGGAAAGUGCUCAAAAGGGCAUCCCAAGUAGUGUUAAAGGGGUUAAAGGCUAUUCAUGGUUUAUGUUUAUUCCAAAGUUUGACAUCAUUAGAGGAAUAGCCAUUGACUAUAUGCACAGUACAUUACUUGGCGUGGUUAAGAUGUUGCUUACCCUUUGGAGUGACAAGACAUAUAAAGCAGAGCCAUGGUCUGUCUGUAAAAGAAUGAAAGAAAUUGAAGAGAGGUACCUAAAGAUUAGUCCUCCUUCUUGCAUCACGCCUUCCCAGAAGCCUGAUAGCAAACUUUGGGCAUCUCAAAGCAUCUGAGUUAAGGACUUUCCUGUUGUUCUACUCUGUUCCAUGUCUGUAUGGUAUUCUUCCAGAAGAGUACUUUCAGCACUACCUUCACCUUGUGGAAGCCAUUUACCUUCUUCUCCAGGAUUCUAUCUCUCCGAAUGACAUUGUAAAGGCCUCUGCUUUAAUAAAGCAUUUCUGUAUCAGGAUAAAGGAACUUUAUGCAGCCCGCUAUGAAACUUUUAAUGUGCACUGUUUACUUCACAUGACAGAAAGAGUGAGAGAUCUUGGUCCACUGUGGACUCACUCUUGUUUUUGCUUUGAAGACUUCAAUGGGGAAUUAAGAAGCUUAUUUCAUGGUACACAAAGUGUGGAAGAACAGAUUGUGACAGCUGUCAGUGUGCAACAGAGAAUACCUGAGUUGGUUCCUCUCCUCGAAAGUGGAUCUAUGGCUCAAGAACUUUAUGAACACCUUUCAAGAAAGCGCCCCUUGCUUCCAAAAAGGAAAAACUUCCAGGCAACAGCAACUGCAGCAUCGUGGGCAACUUACAAAAUUAUGUCUUUACUGCUGUUGAGCGAGCUGUAGUCGAAUCCCUAAUUGGGCCAGUUCAAGAAGUGUAUCAGUUUUUCAGAUUACUCAUUGAGAGCAACAACUAUUCACUCCAAGUUAUACAAAAGCAUGACAAGGAGAAACAACUUUACAAUAGAAUUUAAAGGCAACAGUGGGGAUUCACCACCUUCAUUUGGACAGAUUUUGUUCUAUUCCAAAAUAUAUUUACAUUGCCCCAACCCUUCAUUUUGUGCUAACUCAUGUAAAUGUAGGAAGCCACUGUUUUAUGCAUUGGUCAAAGUUCUGAAACCUAACAAGACUUUAGCAAUUGCUAAUGAUCCCUACACUGGUACUGCUGUUUCUCACCUGGUUCCAGUCAUCAGGAGUGACAAUAAUUGUAUCACUGCAAUUCCAGUGGACAACAUUAUUCGAUUAUGCUUUUUUGUUGACUGUGGUAAUGACAAUACUCCCUUUGUGGGAAUGUUUCCUAAUCAGUACGAAAAAAAAGACUAAAGCGUUUGAGUGGUUUUUUGCAACUGUAAGUGCAUGGUAGCACCAUCAGAGCACCGUCACAGAUACAUGUAACAUGCAAAAUUAUGAUCCUGCAACACGAAUGGGUAGGUUUCAAGUGAAUUUUGAGAGAGAAAAGAAAAUGUGUGCCAUUUAUUAAAAGCUGCCAUCUUUUCCUGUCAGGGCACGUAAACAUAAUUUUUUUAUUAAAACUAGCUUCUUUUAAUGUUUUUAUUAUAGCAAAAUAAUGUUGUGUAUCUUUCGAAAUUGCAUGACAUUGACCCCCCUUAACGAAGAUUGUGUAUGACAUAUCAGUCCCAAAAAUGUUGAUGUUGUUGCUGAAUUUCUCACAAUGCUAAUUCUUACAUGAACAAUGGACAAUAUUAUUUUAUAAGCAUUGGCCAGUGAGUGAUGAGUUGCAAAGAGCGAAAUAUAUAAUUUUUAAAUUACUGCAGUUUUACAGAUCUAUUAGAGAUAUGUCUUGUUUGUCCUGUUCUUGUUGUUCAAACGUAUUCCUUUCAUCAGCAUUUGGAAUUUCUCAGAGAUUCUCUAAUCAGGUACAUGUAAAACAGUAUUCUAGAGUUUGUUUCACUGAAAUUAUUUUUGGUAACCCUUCAAUUCAAUCAACAUAUGUGUUGUUUUUCUACUUUUGUUCCUGCUUUAAUUUAAUUUUUCUUUUGUUUGGGCAUGGUAAUGUAUGUGAAAUUUAAACCAGGGAAAAGUUGAACUACAACAUAUACUAUAUAUUUAUAUGUUGUUAUAUAUAAACUGUUUAUGCUAUACAAAGUAUACAAAAAGUAUACAUCAAAGCUUUACUUCCUAAUCAAUGAAGAUGUUUUUUAUACAACUUGGCAUCAAUGCAGCACUGAUGUAUACUUAUUGUACACAUCAGUGCUGUUUGAAGGCCUUGAGGUAUACUUGUUGUAUACGUCAUUGCUGCUUUAAAGUCCUGAGGUAUACUUGUUGUAUACAUCAUUGCUACUUAAAUGCAAGUGAUGUAUACAAAGAGUAUACAUCAUUUUUUUUUGCUAAGCCAAAUCUUGCUUGAUGUAUAUUUGAUGUAUACUAAAAAUGUACACCAUGGCAAUGUAAUACAUACGGUGUAUACUAUUUGUCUACAAAAAGUAUACUAUCAGUGCUCUAAUUUUGGUAAGGGUUUGGUUCUGAAAGUUAAUUACCCACUGCUAACCUAUCAUAAAAAGUUUCAUUAAUGAUACUGGGUAAUUGAGUAACUUGAUUCCAGGCCUUGUUUAAAGUAGUUUUAAUUUAACUAGUCCUUGAGAUUAUGGCAUGCUGUAUAUUAACUGUCUGUUUAACCAGUCUUUUGUUAAGUUUGAAGCUACGUGUUUUUACUUAUUUUUGCAAGAUAUUUUUAUGCCUGAGUUUCAUAAAAUUAAAAUGUUGAUUAAAUAUUAUACAGUUUUAUUAGACCAUUUCGAUACUAGGGUAAUUGUUUGCUGCAUGACACCUGAUGAUGUUAUAAGACCUGCAUAAUAUGUUUUUGUGGAACUGUCACAGCUUUGUAAGCGUAAAUUGUUUUCAUGACCAGUGUUCUAUGAGCUCCUAUAUGUAAAUAGCGAAGAGUCUGCAUGAGUAGUUCAACAUAAUGUGAGGCCUUGAGGCCAUUCACAACAAGUUUUGUGAACUUUACUUUACUGCUCUUAUGUGAUUGCAACUUUAGCUUGAGGCAUCUAAGAAUAAUUUACUUUUUUUCGUUAGAAAAAGCUUUGCCAAUAUACAUUUUAGAUGCAUGUACACUGUAGUCUUUGAUUGUAGAAAGCCAUUAAAUGCUGAGUGUAUUUCCCUCCUGGUGUUUUUUUGUUUAAAUUGUUUGCCUUUUUUGCAUGAUGUACUGUCUGGCAUCUUUCAGUUAUUGGCCCCACAAGAAGCAAAUCGACUGCAGUUAUUUUGAAAGCAGUAUGUAUUAAAGUCAGACAGGUCACAGAGUAGACAUGUAUGUAUGUUAUCAUAAUACCUUAAUUACUAUUUUUGAGUGAUUAAAUCGAUAUGUGAAUGCCAAUUGAAUCUUCAUCGAUCUUCUCUUCAGAUUGACUUAGUAUUGGAACAGAGUUUUGUAUAUUGAAAAGAAAGUGAUGAGGAUCAUUUCUGAGAGAGUGUGUACUUUUUUUUUUUGCAGAUCUUAUGUCAUAAUAAAAAAUUUUACAUUGAUGUUUUGUCAGACUGCAUAAUUUUUAUAUAUUAUACAUUAUGAUCAUUUACUCAAACAGACAGCAUAAUCCAAUUUACAGUGUACUGCUUAGUGUUUAUACUGUUAUAAUUACCAUAAUGCUUAUUUCUAGGACAUCUCAUUUGUCUGUUAACAAUAUACAGGCAGACAACGCGGCAUAUGAAGAAUUUGACCUCUGCUGACUAGACUAAUAUAAUGAAAAAGAGAAAUGUGCAGAUAUCUUUACAGCAUUUAUCCCAUGUUUCAUUUUAUUUUUGGGUCAUAAUGUCAUGCAAACUAAAAAAGUUAAGCUAGCAGCUGGCAGGGUUCAAUAUUAUUUUAAUCCUUUGUUCAAUUCUCUGUUUUCUUUAAUUAUUAUAAAUAUGGUAACAAGAUGCUGCGGGAACAUAUAUUUGGGCAUCAUUGUACUAUAUGCAUAUGUGAAGUUUUUUAUGUGUAUUAAAAAUAAUAGGGAUGUGUGCCGAGUAUAUAUGGUCCAGACUCAGGAGGCGUUGCUUUAACAUGUUCAUCGCUAUUUCUUUGUCCUGCACUGUUGGGAAUUGUGUUUCAUGUUUCUUUGUUGCAAGAGUUUUGAGAUGGUAAAGGUGAAAUCAAGUACCCUGCUAGCAGAGCUUUCUUUCCAGCACGCACCUUGUAUGAGUCGUUUGUGUGGCAGACAUUCACAUCACUUGGCUUGCUUACUUGGUAUUUUACGUUCGGAUGUAUUGCAUGCCUACUGCAACUUUGAAUCAAAAAGGCAAUCUCAAUUACUCUAUUUGGGCAAUGUCCAAAUAAUCAGUAAUUACUUAGCCUGAUUAAGGAGGUAAAUAUGCAAAUAUUCAGUCAAACAUUAACCACAAAGGACUGCAAAUUUUACGUAGUACAAUCAGCAUUAACUGCAGUAUUCUGAAAAAGUGAUAUUUUGAAAAUUUGAACCAUUUCCUCUGUUAUUUCAUGUAGUUUAAGCAUGCAUGGUAAUUAUCUAUUAACACAGAAGUUAUAAUAACAUGUUGUAAUAAUUAAGCAACCGCGCCUUUAAUUAAAAAAAGGUUUUAACCACAAAACAAAAUGUAUUUUUCUACUCUUUUUACAGUAUUAAAAAAAUGUUUAAGUUUUAGCCGUGCACAAAAACUUGGUCUCAUUUACUUACAUGUAGGAAUGGAACAUCCGUGAUGACGUGCUCACAGGAUCAGGUGGAACUUCUUCCAAAUGAGGUAAUUGUUAUAAUUCAUCAUUGUUACUAUUAUUCUGAUUUUAUUGUAAUAGAGUUGUAAAAUAACAUUUUCAUGAGACCUUAGUUUUAGGGGAAACUGAAUAUAAUUCUGUGAAAGGCCAUUAACUCUAAUAGUUGUUGGCAGAAAACCAAGAGUCAGCUAUAUAUGUUCAAAGCUAUAAUACAGUUAAAGUAGCUGACACAGGGUUGAUCAAUUCUUAAUUUUUUUGAUAUCAUGUUUUUAGGUUUUUCCUGAUAAUUUCAUGCGUCGUGAAGUACAAGCGUUUGUUGUCAACUGCACAUUCAUGGAUGAUGGAUGCCAGUGGAAAGGGGAAGUCAGGCAUUUGGAGGUAUCAAGAAAGGCUGUGCUCUAAGGAAAAUUGAAGGGAGCCCAGUGCUCUAAAUCUUUAAAAUUCGGGGUGCCCAGCACAAGAGAUUUUCUAGUCGCCCAAGAGGAAAAGUAAGGUGCCAGGGGCCACCAGGCUCUGCUAGAGCACAGUCCUGGGUAUUUGUUGGUUUUACAUAUACAGGAUUUUAGUUGCUGUUAUAUGACAUCAACCAGUUUUUGCCAAGACUUCAUGUACACAUGUUAAUACAAAAUUAACUAGAAAUACAUGUUUUGUAAAACCUUGCAAAGUUAGGCAGAGGAUAGCCCAUAACAUUUUAGCAAUGGGAGGGCAGGAGGAUUAUUAAGAUCAAAAUUUAGUCAAAACUGCCAAUUAGGAGAGACUUUAGCUGGACUGUGAGUAUGCGAUUAUACACCUUAAAGCGUUAAAAUUACUUCUUUACAGAAAACUAAUGGAUCAGUUUCUGUGCAAGACGUGUUGUGUUGGUCUACUCGUAGUGAAAGCAAGGUUUUGUUCUGAUAUCAACUGAUGAGUUGAUCUCUAAAGUGUCCAUGUCACUCCCAUUUUAAAUGAUGGAGUUAUGUUUGUUGGCUCUCAUACAUUUACCUUUUGAGUCUGAGGGUGAAAGUAAUCUCAAGUAAAAUUGCUGUUUUGUGUACUAGUGCUAAACAUUUAAAGGCCUUUUUUGUAUUAUUUCUUUUAAAAUUCUCUUUGUUUUUUUACAGAGUCAUACUAGUAGCUGUGAGUUUGUGAAACUUCCCUGUGUACAUCCUGAGUGUGGCAUGUUGGUGAAAAAAGCUGAUCUUUCUCAGCACCUGGAAACAGAGUGCAAGUGUAAACCGGAAACCUGUGAUUUCUGCAAAAAGCAAAUCAGCCUGAACAAAAUGAAGGUAUUUAUGCAUAGCACAAUAAGUACACACAACUACAGCUAUACAGUUUGUAUUCUUAAAGUUUCUAGCUGUAACACAGUUGUAAACAUCUAGAUGAAUAUUAAUUUUUGCGUAGAAAUUUCCAUUACCCAGGCCCAGUUUCACCCCUGUGGUGUUUAUUCAAGGGCGGCGUUUAUUUCGAAAUUGCAUUUUUUAAAUCACUGACAACAGUUACUGUAAAUCAUCUGGAAAUGUUUAAACGUAAUUUAAAGUUCUAACGUUGUGCUUAUUUUGCUGAGAUAGAAUUGUACCACCAAGAUUUAAAGUUGUUUUAUUAUUAUAAUCCUGGAAUAAACGCUUCCAUCCGUGUGGCGUUUAAUAGAGGACGGCCUUGAAUCGAGGAAAUACGGUACUUUGAAAGAUGCUAUUUAGCAUCAGAAAAAGAAGGCCGUGAGUUACUCAACUUAUAAACAGCUUUUUUGGCGUUUUUGUUUUUUUUUUAGCCGGAAUACAGGUCGACCGAUCAAAAACUGAGCAUUUUUCGGCAAAAAUUUUCAGCAGCAGAUGGGUUAAUUCUAACAUUAUGAUUAAAAAGAAAUGAAAUGUACAGCCUGAUAGCAAUGUGGAAUGUCAACUUGACUUGAAAAAAAAAAAAGGAUAUGUGGGUUGGUUGUUUUCAUUGCCAGGCCUUCAUUUGUGCUGGUUAAAUCUCUACCCAGUAAGUCGGUGUAAGUGUAGAGUACUGUUAGGUAAACAAUGCGUUAUCAAAUGGGUAGAGAUUUAUUCAGGAAUCACUCUAUAAAACCAACUUUUGAACAUUGUGACGGUCUUGUCUGGAAAGCAAAGUGUUUUGAAAAUCAAUUCUAACUGGAAAUAAUUUAUGGUAAAAUACAAGUUAAGCUGUUAUUGCAUAACGCAACGAUUUAUAGGGUUCAUAUAUAAAAUAAGCAAAAAUAAAAAGAAAACAAAUUCGCCUUAAGUUAGCUUAUUGUGGAGAAAAGAAAUCAAAUUAUCAUUAGUGCAGUGUACUUGUGCUUAUAUUAAAGUUUUCAUGUCGUUUUAAAGCAAUCUGGGCUUGUUCCAGUUGAAAACCUGCUUUAUCUUUUAAUGAAUCUGUUAAGACAGAAUGGUAAAACUAAGAACGCAAAAUUUGGCACAAGUAAAUUCAUUUUAAUUCCUUUUUUCACAACAAAGGUAAGGAUUGUUUGCCAUGUGAACUCUACAAAUCGUUGCGUUCCUGAGAGUUGAAUUUAUUGCCAAGUGUUCUCUUAGUGAGUUUGGGAUGCCGGUGUCUCGUCAUUCUAUUUGUAUCGCUCACUCGGCUUAAAGAAGAUAAAGCCAAUUUUUUAUAAAUCUCAAAAUGAGAGUGCGAGAUAUUAAAAUUUCCAAAAAAGCAACCAACCUAACCAACCAAACAAAUAAAACCAAAACAAAGCAAAGACAAACAUUCGUGCUUGUAUUUAUAAGUAGUUAAUUAAUAUACAUGUAUAUGCUACAGGUGCACCAUGAGAAGGAGUGUCCAGCAUACCCAGUUGUAUGUGAUAAAUGUAACAAAGAUGGAAUUCCACGUGCAAAGGUACAGUUGGGGUACAUGUUUUUUUUUUUUCAACUGGUUCAACUGAACUCUGACGUAAUUUUUAUGAUCAGAAGCUAGGGGGAGUCUAUUACUUAAUUUAUUUUCUGUCUUGACUCUGAACGCCUUAUUAGUGUGGUAUGGUAAACGUAGGUAUAAAUACUACUUAAUCUAUCAUACUGCACUUGUACAAAGUUCUUAUCUGCAAACUUGUUUCCACCAGGACUGGUUGAGUGUCGUGCCAAAAGGUAGGUGAAGUUGAAGAGAAUACGUAGAAAUUUGCGCAAACUGCAAAUCUGAAAAGCCCAUUGCCACCCACCCAAGAGAGGAUUAUGUUGAUAGUCUGUCGUUAAUUUAAUGGAACUGUGUACGACGAAGACAACACUAGUUAUAGCUAUUUAAAUAGGAUAUUUUGAAGGACUUACGGUGCACUCAUGACUCUUGUUUCUUUGUUUUCUCAUUGACUCCUCUCUAUUAAUGUUUCAGCUGCUAGACCAUCAGGAUCAAGUUGUAGGAGACUGUGAUGCAGUUCAGGGGCCAUGUCCAUUCGCGCAAAUUGGCUGCUCAAGAACCCAGGUACAAUUAUAAGUUUUCCUCUCUUUCAGUGUUUUCAGGAUCUGUAAGCUUUACUCUUGAAGAGUACCAAAGCACCGAAAUUGUGGACUGUUUACAUCCCUCGCUGUUCUCGAAUGUUUAUCCAUUGAGCGCGCGGAAUAAAAUAAACACUUGGCUCAAUCGGAAGCAAAAGCAAUACAAUACUAAAAAGUAUUUACUUGGAUUCUUAAACCAAACUAGUACAUCGCCUUCAUCCUAACAACUAGAAGUUAGCAGAGCGGUGCCCCCACUCUUACCUCCGGCUUCCUGCAAUGUCGCGUUUCGCGCUUGAAUCACUUGCUGGUUGUCACGUACUUGCCCGUUUCCUUUGAGAAAAUAGAAAGCGAGGGGAAAAAAGGGUGGACAGGAUAAGGGACGAUGAGGUGAUCCAUCAUUCAACUCAUUUCUACCCUGCAAUCAGUGGAUAUCUUUCCUGGAUUAUUGUAAGGUUAGAGCUUUAUAGUGCAGAAUUCCCAAGAAAUGGUAACCUAAACUUGUGAGAAAUUUUGAUAAUCAUGUGACCGUCCGACGUCCGUCCACCCCCUAAAUGUAUGUCGGGGUGAAAUUUCGCAUUCAAGCACCAGCGAGCUUUGGCGGUAAAUCGCAUGGCCACCCGUACAUUUAGAGAAAAAAAAAGCAACAAAGCCGAGUCUUUUUUGCGACUAAAUAAUAAUUAUGUCCUUACUGUUGUGGAUAACAGAGAAAGAACUAGAGCGAGAGAUAAAAAAAAAAAGAAAAGGCAUCGAAUUUCUUUACUAGAAUAACAUGGCGGUUAGAAAAUGAGAAAUGCUGGCUACCGGCAGGGUGAAAAUGGGCGGAAGUGAAGAAAAAAGCGAACAAGAACACAGGCAACAAAAUUUUUUUGUAAGCACAUACGACAUUGAACUCCAUAAAACGUGUUACUAGGAAGUUUCACGUUGUUGUCGUGCAAAGCAACGGCAAAGAAAUGUACAAAAAAAUGGGGUGCACGUGCUAAUUAGACCUAUGGAUUUUCUUUUUGCCGUUCUCGUUGCCUUCGCCCUUUUAGCAUUAAACGAUUUUAUCUUUUGUUUUGAGCUAACUGUAAGCGUAUUAACAAGAGCUUCGCCUUUAGUCGUGGUUAAUUCUAUAUAUUAUCAGCAGGAUACGAACCCGUUACGUCCAAGAAACUUGUUGGUAGGGUUUUAGGCACGUUAGCAUUUGAUUUUCAUUUAAGUUUUUCGACAAAAAUUGAUUUUAUCCAUCUUUGUUUUAGAACUGGUGAGUUAACUUAAGGCGCUUAAUAUUUGCAAAGUUUUCUUAUUGGGGGGCAUUCCAUCAGAAGUUCUAAGAGGUGGCACCCUUGGCCACGAUACGUUCACUUUGUAAUAUCCUGACUAAAACUCUGCCGGUCGGAAAUGCCAUCUGCUGUAUAAGGCAAGACUACUCAUGGUAGGCAAGGUCAUUGUACGUUGGGUUUAUCGUUACGCGACAAACACCUUGUAUACAUGAAAUAAGAGGAAUAUGGUAGAAUUUUUCACAUUAACUAUCAGGUUUUAAAAUAAACCAUUUUUCUUAAUUUAUCUACAGGUCAUUGUAUAAAAAACAUGUUUUCUAUAUCUCGUUCUUCAAAUUCGUUACAAGGUUGUCCGACCUUGUUGUGUAUUGUACAAUUACCCUAAACAAGUGUUACAUGUCUAGUGUCCCCAAUUAGAUUUGCAUGUCUGUUUAGAGCAAAAUUCUUGUUCCUUGUAUAACAGAUUCUCAGCCAUAUGCAAAAGAAAGAACAUCUGCAGAAUGAGAAUGUUUAUCACACCACUUUGCUACUUCAUCAUGGUCUUAGGAUGGGUCGAGAAAUGGAAGCGGUGCUAACUCGUGAUCCAAGAAUCCUGUCGAGAAGCCCACAUAUCUUCACAAACUAUGACGGUAUCAUUUCUGACAUACUCGCUCAAAUUCAAUCCAGUACAGCAGAAAACGGGGAUUUAAGAGAAAGAAUACGAGAACAUAGCGAACGAAUCACCUCCCUGGAAAGAAAAGUGGCCACAGGGAAUCUCACGGCAGCGGCCCCAUCUGCUCAAGUGACUGGUGAUUCAGCUGGCAGUGUACCGAACAUCGAGAUUACCCGAAGGGUAAACAAUCUUGAGAACAAGACCGCGGACCACGAGGUGCUGUUGGUUGAAAGUAAUCGUUCAAUCGAGCAGGCAAAUCGGGAUGUGGGGGUAAUGUAAGGCGACUUGUUGAGACUGUCCAGGAGACCGUCAGAAGGGUGGAAAGGAGGAUUGAGUCUAUUGAGCAUACACUGGCUCUUAGAAACGUCACCUUGGCUGAUUUGGAGGAAUACAUCAGGCAACAGGAAUUUUCAAGCUACGAUGGCCAGUUGCUGUGGAAAAUAACUGAGUUUGCACGCAGGAGAAACGAGGCAGUCAGCGGUCAACAAAUAUCAUUCUACAGCCCUUGCUUCUACACCAGUCGCUAUGGAUACAAGAUGUGCGCCCGCAUAUAUUUAAACGGUGAUGGCAUGGGCCGAGGAACACACAUCUCUGUGUUUUUCGUGAUAAUGCGCGGUCAGUAUGAUGCGUUGCUCCGCUGGCCAUUCAGACAGAAGGUCACAUUCAUGUUGUUGGAUCAAGAUAAUGUUGAACACGUGAUCGAUGCCUUCAGACCUGAUCCUAACAGCUCAUCUUUUCAUCGACCAAGGAGAGAGACAAACAUCGCAAGUGGUUGUCCUAUGUUCUGCUCGCUCACAGAACUGAACAACCACGCUUAUAUUCGGGACGACACCCUGUUUCUAAAAAUUUUUGUAGAUACAUCAGAUUUGUAG